UGCAGUUAGGACCGAUUGACAUAUAGAACUUCAAUUGAGAUCUCCAUACAUUCCCACUCAGCAGACGGAUACCGUUUAAAACAACAGUCAAGAUGCAUUCCCACCUCCACACCCCCUACAACGCAAACUGCGAAGAAAUCAUGACCGCCCUCGACGAAUGCCACGCACGAGGCUUCAUUCACAAAGCUCUGGGUGGAUGCAACGAUGUCAAGCGCGACGUGAACAAAUGUCUAGCGGCGGAGCGGUAUGCGCGCGCAAAGCGCAACCGGGAUGAGGCGAAAGAGAAGCGCAAGAAGAUCGAGCGGAUUUGGGCUGAGGAGAAGGCGCUUGCGGAGACGGGGUCGAUUUCUUCGUUGGCUUCUGCUUCUUCUGGUUCGAGUUCCAGUUCGGCGGAGAAAUAAAUCUGUAACUUUGCGCUUGGUUGAUGGGAUAGGGUGGGGUGGUGGUGUGUAUGAUAUGAUUGAUGUAUGUGUCUGAUGGGCUGGUUGGGUGCAUGUGGGUUGCUUACUUUGAUUGGCGUUUGGGAUUAUAUUAUACUAUAUCAUAUCAUUCUCUCUUCUUAUGCUGCUACUGCUUCUUCGGUGUAUACUAUGCUUCUUUGGGUUGUGUUGUGCUGGGAUGGGUAUGUUGGAUGUUGGAAUCGUCUAUCAAUAUCGAUGAUAACUACCUAUACACAAUUCAUAUGG